ACUUUCCGUCCCUCGCUCGCUUCCGCCUUUUGGCCUCCCGUCCUCGUCACUAGCCUUUGUCUGGCCUUUGAACGUGUUUCACCCUAGUAACCUCUUCACCACCGUCUAAAAUGUGCAAACACGAAGCUAUCGGUGACUUCUAUAGGGGAUGCGGGCAUUUCCAUGUCCGGUAUUACACUGGAGAAACUCUGGACUGUGGUUCCGACUCUUGCAAAACCAGCGCUUCCCACAAGCACAAAACCGCUGCCAACUGCAACUGCCCAGAGAUUGUCAUGGAAGACCGACGCGUGCAGAAUCUCUUUCAGAUGGCUUUCCCGGAUUGCAGUCGCGUUUCCCGGUGAUCGACCUCGACCGACUCUCCAUCGUUCUUGAACGUUCCAUGCAAGACACGAAGCAACGUUCUGAAACCGACCUUUUUCAUGCUCCACCACGUUGCUUUCAAGUGGGCUCCUUCAACGCUUUCCACAUAUUUUAUGUUUCGACGACCUCAGUCUUCUAGUAUCUUAAGGGCAUAUAUCGGACUAAUGGGCUAAUUUCAAACAACUGUAGCAUGGUCAUUUUGUCAUAUUUAUUGGGUUUCUUAUUCAGAGAGCAGUUAUCGAUUCGCCUCAUCCCUCUGUAGCACACCUCGCUUUCGUUGUCUGUUGUCGUAUUGUCAAUCCAUUCACCGUUUCCUGAUUUCA